AUGGAGGCUGCGGGCGGGCGGGCGCUGCUGGCCGCCGUGGGGCUGCUGUCGGCGCUGAGCGCCGCGGGCACGCUGUUCCUGCUGUGCCAGUGGCGGGAGCUGGGCGCGGCGCUGCGGGAGCUGGAGCCGCCGGGGAACGGCUCCGAGCGGGGCCCGCUGCCCGCGCCCGCCGCCCGCACCAAGCGCAGCCGCCGCGGGGAGCGCGGCCGCGGCCCCGUGCGCGCCGACAGCGAGGAGAUGCUGAUGAUGCUCACCUACUCCAUGGUGCCGGUCCGAGUGAUGGUGGAUUUGUGUAACAGCACAAAAGGGAUAUGCUUAACAGGCCCCCCAGGACCCCCAGGGCCUCCUGGGCUUGAUGGACUGCCUGGCUACAAUGGAUCAGAUGGAAUUCCAGGAACUCCAGGACAAAAGGGAGAACCAGGAAUAAAUGGAAAAAGAGGAAAAAUAGGUUUGCCAGGACCAAAAGGUGAUCAAGGACAGAAAGGAGAACCAGGAGAAAUGGGUUUGCCUGGCAAGGAUGGUAUGCCAGGAGGAAAAGGUGCAAGAGGAGCCAAGGGAGAAAAGGGGGAUGCAAACAAUGAUGUGAUAUUAGAAGGUGCAAAAGGUGAGCCUGGACCACCUGGGCCCCCUGGACCUCCUGGACCCCCAGGGCCUCCAGGUAAACGUAAAGGUAAAGCCAAAGUGGAGCUUCAGGAGAACAUCUACAGCAGCAAAAACACAGGUGAGACAGGUGCUGUACCAAAUGAUGAUACCCUCGCUGGAAAGACUGAAGACAGAAUCCCAGGUCCUUCAAAAAAAGCUGAAUGUGUCAUAACGUCUGUAGGAAGUCCUGUUCACUUUGUCAAUGUACAGCAAACGUUUGGAACUUGGAUGAGGGAACCUGCAAACAUAAGUGAUGAAAGGAUUUGGCUCACCAUGCAUUUUUCAGGAAACUAUAUAAAAGAAUAUGAAAAUUCCAAUGCCUUGCUGAAUGACAGCUACAGGAUCAUCAACAUCACAGGAUUCUUCUAUGGAUGUGGUCAUGCAGUACAAAACAAUCAUCUCUACUAUCAGAAGGGAGGAACCAAUGUCAUUCUGAAAUUUGGGCUCGAUAAAGCCUCGCUGGGCACGCUGCCCAUCAAAAAUGCCUUACACCAUGGCCGGAACUACCUCUUCUCUAACUCCAAGACGUAUUUCAACAUAGCAGUGGAUGAGAAGGGUCUUUGGAUUAUAUAUGCCUCAAGCACUGAUGAAAACAUAAUGGUAGCGCACGUUGACGAAGAAACAUUCUCAGUCCUUCGGCACAUCAAUACCACCUACCCAAAGUCCAAGGCUGGUAACGCGUUCAUAGCGUGUGGCAUUCUCUAUGUUACUGACACUAAGGACAUGGUAGUAAGUUUUGCUUUUGAUUUACUGAAAGAGAAGCAGAUUGAUGCAAGGUUUGAGUUACGGUCUACACAGUCUGUUCUUGCUAUGCUUUCGUACAGCCUGCGAGACAAGAAUUUGUACACGUGGGAGAAUGGGAGUUUAAUGGUAUACCCAGUCCAUUUUGGGAGAUGAAUGUAUUUUCACAUGCCACCUUUAACUAAAGGAUCUAUUUAAAGCUCUGUGAUAUAUACAUGGGGGUCUCUUCACUUGGUAUCAUUUUCUGCUUCCUGAUGAUGGUUUGUGAGUGUGUAUAAAAGGGAGAUCAGGUGCCUUUGUGAAAACACACUUCAAUUACAUAGGCCAUCCUCAUCUUUUUAAAAAAAUGUUGUUCACUAUUAUAGCUGGCACACAGCAUAGACAUACUUUUGUUUUCCCCGUUAUUCAGCUGAUAAUUGCGUCUAAUGUACAUUGAUUAUUCCAUGGUCGUGCUCAGCAGAGACUAUUUGUAACUCUUAUUUACAUUCCUCUUCACUACAAUAAUUUCCUAGUCAGUGAUGAUGUUCUAAUUUAAACAUCUAAAUAAUGAACUUUCAUGUACAAAUACCUUUGUCACUUUCAUUUAAUUUCCAUGGACUCUCUGUGACCAUCUUUUCUGGACAAAGAUUUAAAGCUGUUAAAAAUAAUGGGAAUGGAAAUACUUGUUUAAAUAGGAAAAAAAAAGCAAAAAGUUUAAAUUUGUCAAGUCAAAUCAAGUGUUAAUAAUCAAAAGCAAAAUCCAGCUAAAGUACAAGGAAAAUGGGAAUAAUGACAUUAAAUACUGAACAAACAUGAGUUAUUCCUAAAAUGGAGAGUUGGAUGAAAAGUAGCAAGGUUUAAAAUUAAAGAUAUAACCUUUAUGAUUAAAAUUUCAUUUUUAACAGUAUUUGAGUUUCUUGUGUUGCUGCAGACCCUUCUUUGGCUUUCACUGCCAUGCAAACUAUACCAGUAUAACUUGCUUAUAACUAUUUAAUUACAGUAAGGCAUAUUUCUAAAAUAAAAUGUCUCCACAUUCAUCCAUACAAAUGAAAUUAUAAAAUGAAGGGUAUACUUUUUUUGCUGCUGUUUUUAGAAUCAUCAUACUGCUUAGUGACUUAAUCUGUUGUUAACCAUAAGUCAGAGACUCUCAAUUCACAUUCAAAUUUUUGAGAGUUAGAGGUGAGAAAUAAUAGGAACUUUUUGAUUUUAAUUUUGUUCUGGUAUUUCAGAUUUCUAAAUUUAACAUUGGAACAAAAAUCCCUACUGUUCUUUUAUGUAUAUAGAUUCAAAAUCAUGCUCUUGGAAAAUCUCUACCUGAAUUUCUAAGCUGCCUGUGCAUAUUGCUAAAGUUCAUGGAGUGCACCCAAAUAUUUAGAAGCAGAGUGUUAUUUAAAUCCUGAACUGCACUGAGCUGUUUAAUACCUGUGUGAUCCUGGCCCUGUCAAAGGGAUUAAUGAGUUUGGGAAAGUCUGUGCCUGCAGAACCUUGUCUAGCAAAUGUGCUGGAAGAAUUCCUCUGCUGCAGCUAAGCUCCAGUGCGUGACACAGGGAUGGCUGGGCUCUUCUCAGGAUACUUGCUGUUAUCACUAAGGCCUUGCAUGCUAAGGGAGAGAGAUGCAGAAGGGAAAAACAAAAUCAUACUUAAUACUUUGAACUAGUGUAUGCAUCAAAACUCACAGACUAACAGUUCUAUCUAUACCUGUAUAAAGUGUGACACUUCACACUCCAGAGUUACAGUUCAGUGGGAUGCUUGUGACUUUUUUGUGGGGGUGUGGGGGUUUUGGUUGGUAGUUUUUUUCAUAUUUGUUUGAUUGUGAUGUUGUUUCAAAAAUUGAAUUGUAGUACUAAUAAAGCAAACAUUUUCAGCUAAAAUACCCACAAAGUCAGCAAAAUACUCGGGCAAACACAGUUCAAGUCAGAUGUGAUAUUUUCUAGAUAAUGUACCCAUCUCAAAGCAUGGUAAACUUCUGCACAACAUUGUUGAAACACUUGAAUCAACCUCUUGGAGAGGGAAGGCCAGGAAAUUCUACCUCUUUUCUCUUCUUGCAGCUGUGGAACUUAAUUCUGUUAACCUUGUACUUCUCAAGAACAGCUGAAAAUAAAAUGUAAACAGCUAAUCUUUUUUCAGUACAGUCUGAGGUCAAGUUAAAGCUAACUCAGGAAGUAUUCAGUCAAUGUACUGGAGAUUUAGAUAAAUCUGUUUAAAUAUAAGGAAGAGUUCU